AUGUCGACAGUCGGAAGAACGCUGACCAACCUGCGAAAGGUUGGAAUCAAGGACUACUUUAAGCAGAUGCUGUACAUCGGUGACACCAAGGCUGGUGUUCUCAUCGGUACCGAUCGCGCCGGAAACAAGUAUUUCGAGAACAAUGAGGAACUUCCCCUCCGAACACGCUGGGUCGAGUACGCCGUGCACGAUUACGACGCUGCCCAUAUCGAGCCCGGAUGGCACGCCUGGAUGAGCUAUUCCGUCGACAAGCCCCCUACCCAGGAUGCCAUGUUGAAUGCCGGUACACGAGCUUUCGAGCCUUCUCGCGCCAUUCCCAACUUUACCCAGACCAGGGGCGCCUUCAAGACCUACAACACCGCAAAGCCCAAGAUGGCGACGUGGCAGCCCGUUGCUGCACCUCGGGAAUAA